AUGAGUCAAGUACAAGUACGCCAAAUACCUAUUGGACCCACCUCCGAUAUUCAACGCCUCAUUGGUACUUGGUAUUCUUCAGGAUAUUAUGGCCACUUUAGAUCAAAGUCUCGUUUAGAACUAUCAAAUUAUUUUCGUCAACUAGCAAAACCUCUACCGCCAAAGAAGUUUUCCAAAAGACAAAGUGCAGAAGCUGUUGAACAUCCGUUUUCUAGACACGAUAAUCGAUUUAAAUUUGAAAGUGAUCCACUUGUAUUUGGAACAGGUUUCGGUAAAAGAAAAGCAAAAACUAAUAUAAGAGGAGCGUUUGAUCCAUUGUUCAUCAGUUGGGUACCAAAGGGAAGUGAAAAGUAUACAGAAGAAACAAAGCCGACAGCCUACCAAGACGACUAUAGUCAUGAAACAUCAACAAAGUUAUUGUCAGUCACACAAAUUCCACAAGAUGUUAGUGCUAAUGACACUGCCGUAGAAUGUGUAAAAGAACCUUUAGGGAAAAGUGUUUAUAAAUCAGUUUAUGGGCACGGUCAACCAGACAUUGAACAAUCGAAACAAACACGUGCAGAAACAUUUCAACGCUUUCUAACUACUCGUACACGACGUUUACAGUUACAAAAUCAACAAGCUGUUGAUAACGCUUCGAAAGGUGGUCGUCGCACAACUGUUGCACAAUGUCUUUGUUGGAAUGAUGGGACAAUAAAAAUCGAACCAGUAUCAUUACAGCCACGCACGAGAGAACAGCCCGAACAACAACAGGCUAAGCCAUUACAGUCAACAGGGCCAACUUUGUUUCAAAAACGUGCUCAAAGCGCCGGUCCAUGCUUAACGACGACAAGCAGAAUGCAGCAACAAUCUAUAGAACCUGAUCAGACUUUUAAAAGUCAAUCGAUAAACUUGUUUUCUGCAAGUGCUAAUAAUAAUGAAUCACCGGUGAAAACAUUUACAAUGAAACCAUUGCAACAAGACUACAAUACACCUACGAACGUUGGCAAUGUAGAACCGAAUCACUUCUGUCAAGUAGAAAAACCGACAUCAACGUCUCGGGCACAUUACACCUGUCAAAACUUUGGUUUAAUAACAACACCACUAAGAACACAGCCACCUCCCCAAUUACCGCCUCGUGCAGCGACAGCUUUUGAAAUUUCUCAUAGUAUGGACAGUCUCAUCUCCAAAUACUGUUAA